AGUAAACCUCCGUCUAUGUUCGGCGUACAUUAGAAAUAUUUGGUUUUUGAUACUUAACACUAUUAAGAGCUGAGAUGAAUUUUUUAAAUUCAAUUCAGAGUUUAAUCACUGAAGCAUCAACAAAUCUACAGAACCUGAAUAUUCUGGCUGGAGAUGAAGAUGAUAUCCAGGAGCCGGAUUUCCAUGAUCCCAGACUAAACCGGAGAAGGAGCACUCUUCUUCCUCCCUCAACCUCAUCAGGAAGAAGUUCAAGAUCUCCGUCACCUUCUCAACUCCGGACUCCUUCCUACAGAAGAUGUUCCACGUUCGCCACGGAGGGAUUAAAGCGCCCUAGUGGAGUUCCUUUUUUACCGACAUGUUCCACUCCCGCUCAGGGUGGGAAGGUUGAAUCUAAACAGUUUCCUGUUUCUCCUUCCCGUUCCCCUGUUCCAGGCUUCAAACCAACCUUUCCUGGAACCAGGCAGAGAUGUGGCAGCCUUGCGGAGCCGCCCUUUAAAUCUCAACAGAAGGUGCCGACCUGGGGUAAUUCCCUGCAAACAUUUUCAAGAUCUGAAUCUAUAUCUGUUCCUGUUUCUCCCAAUCUUCUUCGUUCACAGCUUCAUUUCCCAACAUUCAAGGAAGCUGUACAAAAAUGGCCUCAAUCUCUGGAAACUGGGACGGGGAUUGCUGAAACAGAUGGAAGGUUUUUUGAAAAUUUUGCCACCUUGAUAAACGAUUGGGUGGAGAGAGAUAAACACAAUGAUGAAAAGGAGGGCGAGGAUGAAAACAAGCUGUAUGAAGAUCUCUGCUACCCUUCUCCGAAAAUUGCAUUUUCUCUUCCAAAACCCGAGUUGGAGCAGUUAUAUGUAGAGGUACUGUACACCAUUCAACAUAAAUUAGGAGCUAAUAGUUUCCAGUUUACCCAGAUACAAGAUGAACUGCUAGCGUAUGCGAAGGAUGCAUUCGGCGUGAAUCAAAAACUGCAUGUACAGUUAGUUAAUGUUGCAGGAGAUGUAAAGCCUCCAAUAGUCAUCCUAAACGUUCUCGUGAUAGAGGCUGAAAACCUCGAGGCCAAAGAUCCAAAUGGUUUCAGUGAUCCCUACUGUAUGCUGGGUAUACGACCAGGGUCCAAUUUUCCUGGAUUACAGACUUGUCAGACGAAUGCUCGACCUGCUUUUAAUUCUCAAAUAUCCAUGGAAAGCAAUAUAGAUUAUUCCAGACAUGGUUCCGUUGCCUCGGAAAGUUCUGAAACUAGUGAUGAGUUGGUCGCACAAGAACCCAAGAUUAUUAAAAAGUACACAAGUUUCCGUGAGAAGAUUGGAUUUAAGAAAAAGGAAUCCCCUUUACCUCGCAAUAAGUUCCAGCAGAAUAUACAUUAA